ACAACCAACCUAACAUCUGUAUUUCUCGUUUCGCUCACUUACAUUCACAUUGCUCACAACACCUUUAAUUUUAAUUACAAUUAAUUAAGCCAUAAGUGUAAUUCCACAAUUAACCAGUAUUUACAAGGAUGGAUGCAGGGCUUGCUGAAAGCGUAAACUUCUUGUAUCAACAACUCACCAUUUUACAGGAAUUUAUUCAGCACAAAUUUGGUUCGGAAUACAAGGAUUUCGAGCAGUUGAAACUCUCAGGGCCCACCUCCCCCACAGCAUCGAAUGGAAAUGGGCCACUGUUUGAAUAUAAGUAUGAGGGGGACUCCGACCAGGUCGAGGACAAUUCGCCCUGGGGGGAAGGAAGUUCAACCACCCCGGACGACGGUUUUAUGAUAGACCAGGCGGAUGUCGAGGUCGAGAUAGAAAUCCCCCAGAACGAGGGGGACGACCAGGAGUACAAGGUCAUCACGUGGGAUCCGGUCAGCCUUGACCCCGAUCCAAUCCAGGCAGGAUCGUCCUUUGGCCAAGUGGGUCACGUGGUGCUAGGGAGACCGGUCGAUACUCGUUCGCAGAAAUCAAAACGGAAGUACAAGUCCACAAGACAAGUAACAAAACCCCCCGUCACCAAAGGAUCGUGCGACUACUGCGGAGAAAAAAACGGUCGGAACCCGACCCACAUUCUGGAAUGUCAUAGGGAGAUGUGCGUCAUAACGAAGGGGGCGGAUGGGGGGGACGUCGUCAAGGGGUAUCUCUGCCCACGGAAAAACUGCUCGAGAAAGGGGCGACCCCUCUACAACCAUUACCAGGUCGAAGUUCAUCUCAGGUGGCCGUGUGCGAGUUAACGAAGUGGGGGGGGGAUUAUGUAUAUAAUUUCGUUAGUAUGGGAAAGUUAAUAAAAUAUGUAAAGUAUCGAAGAUCAACAUGUUAACAAAAUCGCCAAUUUUUGCGCUACCUAUUUUAUGAACGUUCUCUGUGAUUCAGGAUAUUUUAAGCUACUUAUAUAUUUAAAAGAGUUAUAUUUUUGCGAACGUGUUUAAUUUUAGUUUGUCAUCUUUAAAGCGAGGUGAUUUUGUAUGUUAAUUUACAAGAAUUAAAUAUUUACAUAUUUAGGUAUUUUAUUUACAUUUCAAAUGUGUUACAUUUCCAAUGAUAUGCUUUUCUUUUGGUUCUAAGGAAAUACUAACAUGUGUAAUCUCAAAUUGGGAUUAAAUCCCCUCUGGCGAGAGCUUAUUUUUAUGAAAAGAUUAUUUUCAUCUAAAAUUUAAUAAAAGAAAACACCAAAGUUA